AUGCCAAGUCAACCAAUGCAUAUAUUUGAAGACCUCGGAGAAGAGGUACCAAUGUCCAAAUGGGAUUAUAAGAAGGUAUACAAAAUAGUCAAACUGAGACUUGAAGAAAUUCAUCUUUUAGGAAUUAGUCAUAAUGACGUCAGAGCUGCUAAUAUUCAUGUUUCUGUGAGUGUUAAUAUCUCCUUAAUAGAUUUUGGGCUAUCAGUUUGUCCAUGCACUGAUGAAUGUAAACGAAUAGAUUUUGAAGCGUUAGAUGAUAUUUUUAGAAUAUAUAUCAAAGGUAUCCAAGAAUAG